CUUGUCAGCACUGCUCCUGUCAGUUUGACUUAGAGGUGACUUGUUGAGUCUUGUCUUCUUCCGUGCGCCUUCUGGCCGCGUCUUCUCCAUGUCACCUUCCGGCCCCGGUGCAGCCCUUAGCGCCUUGGCGAUUGGUGGAGGCAGUGAGGCAGUCGUGCGUGGGGAGCUGACCAAAGGCGAUGGUCGUUCCAUUUUUGUGGCCAUUCGCCAGCUGCGGUGGGGGACGCCGAUCUUGACCGAAGCCCCACUCUUGCUGGUUGAAGCUGAUCCUGACCGGUAUUUGAAGGCCGAGGAUGCCGAUCCGAGGUUUGCCGAGCUUGCAGCAGCACUUGGAGAUAGCUCCCGACUAGCAGCGUAUGUCGCCUUUCGCCAGCUGCAUGAGCGCAAGCAGAAAGAGUUUUUGGCGCUUUGGGAUGGAAUGGAAGACGACCCCGUGGCUUGUGCAAUUCAUGCUGCCAACCGGCAAGGUAUUGAAGAAUUCUUGCAGGACCAUCCGCAUUUCCGUCCCUCUGUGUAUUGGAACCACGUGAUUCUGGUUUCGUCAAUCUUUGGGCGGUUUGGACUUCAAAAUGCAGAUGGCAGCAGGGCAGUUUACAGUAUUUGCAGCCGGAUCCAGCACAGUUGCAAACCCAAUGCUGCAUGGUUCACCCUGCGCAAAGGAUUUCCAAGAGGGAAGCGCAUGUUGCAUACCAUCAGCCUCAAUGGAAUUCGGAGGAGGGAAGAAAUUACCGUGUCGCACGUUCCGGAGACCGUGCUUUUGCAACCAAAACUGCGACGCUCGUCCUUCCUUUUUAACGGGGUACCAAAUCUUACUUGUCGCUGCCAUCGGUGCGAAGUCAAUGAUGAAGAAGCGGAUGAGAAGACCCAGCAUCUUUUUGGGAAGCUCUCGAACCAUGUUUCCACAAGGCCUCCAACAGACAGCUCUACUGCAGCAGCUCAGGAGUGCUUGGCAGAGCUGGAUGUUUUGCUUCCCUUCUCAAUGCAGUCCAAAGCAAAAGCCAAGGUGCUGCUGGCAACGGCCUUUGGAGAGCUUUCCCAACGAGCAGCCUGGCAGCAGGACAACCAACCAGCCAAUAUCAUCCGAUGGACAGGCUUGGAUGCGGAAAGCCAAGAGCGCCGGCUCAAAGAUGCCAAGCGUUUGUACGAGACUGCUGGCAAGGACUUUGAAUACUUGCUUGGCCAGGACGCUUUGCCCAUUUUGCAGCGAAUGGAGUCAGGCUACAAGCCUGUCCAAGACCAGCACAAAAUCUUGGCGAAAUACACGCGUGAGAAUGAAGCAGAUGUGGCCAAUGCGGGGCUUUCUUACGAGCAACCGCCGCAACUGUAUGAGCCACAGCUUCCGUAUCAGCCUCGGCCCGGCAUGCCUCCAUCGUGGGAGGAGCUCUUCAAACGGAGUGGCUAAGUGACAAUGCAUAUAGAAAA